AUGACAACAACAGUAACACCAACAACUAAAUAUUACACCAUCAAAUAUUACUUUCAAAACCACUUUUAUAAUAAUCAACAACAACAACAAAAAGAUAGAAAUAGUAAAGAUCAUCAGAAACAUCGACAAAUACAACUAUCAUCAAAUCUUGUUGAAAAUACAAGAUUGGUAAACUCUUUAUCAAAGAAAAUGAGUCAUACCUUGAAACAAACACCAAGGUUAUUCGAUGCUUUGAAAAAGACAAGAUUAUGGUGGAAGGAUAUUAUAGAUAGAAGAACAAUGAAAAAAUUAUAUUUACUUGAAAGUUGGAGUAAUGGUAAUGAUGUUACAAUCUAUUUUGAUGGUGAUCAAACAUUUGAAUCAAUGUGGCAAAGUAUUGAAAAUGCAAAAGAAACAAUUAAUAUUGAAACAUAUACAAUUGAACCUGAUAGUAUUGGAUUGAAAACAUUGGAUCUUUUAACAAAGGCACAACAAAGAGGAUGUAAGGUAAAGUUUGUGUAUGAUGCUAUUGGCAGCUCGUCGAUAUCCGAUGCACAUCUCAAAGACCUAAAGGAAAGUGGAGCGAGUAUCACUAAAUUCAAUCCAUUGAUGAACUUGAUAUCGUUUGACUCGAAUAUUCCUAUUAUGUUUCGUAACCAUCGCAAGAUGAUUGUGGUUGACAAUGCCGUCGGAUAUAUCGGUGGUAUGAACAUAUCACAGAAAUAUGCCGGCAAGCAGCUCGGCACCAACUAUUUCCGUGACACACAUGUAAAGAUUGUCGGUCCAGCCGUCCUCGACCUCGCCGCUGCAUUCUACUCUAAAAAACGUGACAGUAAAGCAAGUCUAUCAGUUGCUCAAAACGAUCAACAUAUUCAACUCUACAAUACCAUCAAACAACAACACAUUGAAAGAAAAAAGGAUGACUUUGAAAAUCAAAAUGAUAAUGAUAAUUCAUAUCCUUGGAGAUCAACUUCAUCAUCAUCCUCUUCAUCUUCAUCAUCAACUAUUAGACUUGGAGAUUUAACAAAUCUAACACCAACAGAGAGACAGAUAGAGAUUGAUCGAUUUUUAUACGACCGUUAUUAUGACUACUUUUCAGAUUUUGCCAACGAGGCUGACGAACAAGAACAUGACGACGAAGAAGAGGAUAAUGAAAAUGUAGAGGUCGAUGAAAUUGAAGACGAUGAAAGCGAGAUUGAAGACGACGGUAUUGAAGAAGAGGAUGACGACCUGUAUGGUGGUUUGACACAUGACGACAUGAUGGUCAACAACAACAAAUAUGGAGCUGGGGUCAUUGUAAAAAAAUCACAUCGAGUAAAAGGAGUUUCCGUUCAAGUAUUGGAAUCCAAUUUACUCCGAGGCAAACGAAACCUACAGCGAAGUCUAAGUAUCAUGCUUAAAGACUGUAAAAAAUAUUGUUAUAUCACAACACCCUAUUUCCUGCCACCAAAAAUCCUCAGACGUUCCAUCAUGGAUAUUGCAGCACGUGGUGUUGAAGUUAGACUCUUAACAUCUGGUAAAAGUGAUGUACCUUGGAUUAGAAUGGCUUCUCAUUAUCUUUAUAAACCUUUAUUAGAAUCGGGAGUUAGAAUAUUUGAAAUGUAUGGAACUACUUUACAUUCAAAGACAAUGGUAUUUGAUGGUAAAUUUAGUACGAUUGGAUCAUAUAAUUUGGAUUUUAUGAGUCAGAGAAAUCUAGAGGUCAUGAUAUCCAUGCCAGAUGAACGUAUUGCCAGACAGUUGGAAGCACAAUUUAAAAAGGAUAUUUUAAAAUCACAUGAAAUCACGAUCGACUAUUUGUCAAAUAGAAGUUGGUUUGAAAAAAUUUAUAGUUUCUUGGCCUAUCAAUUUAGUCGUAUUGUUAGACCAUCUGCAAUCAAAUAA